UCAUUGUGUCGUUUGAGUUGCUCGUGGUAGGACGACGACGGCGUCUCCGCGUUUUCACAGGGCAGAAGACUGUUUAUAGAGCUCCGGUCUCCGGGUUCUACGCUUUGGUCCGCGCCAAAGGAUAUACACAGACACACCCCACCCGCCCAACUCCCCACACCCCACACACACACACACUCACACAUCCAUCCGGCUGUACAAUACAUAGGCGCAGAGUGAAAAAUCGUAUGUCUGUGUUGGGUUUCGCGUCGCGUGUCCCGUGCCCCGUGCCCUGUGCCUGUGCCCCGUGCGAAAGUGUGUGCAUGUCUGUGCGUGUUUGAAAUGGGCACAGCUCACAAAAAAUUGUUUUAAAUAAAUUCUAAACAAAAAGUCCAUGCAGAAAGUAUCAACCAAAUCCGAUUGAAUCCCAAGGAAAUUCAUAUAUAAAGUGGAAAACCGAGGAAAAGCCUCGCAUAAAUAUUAUACAUAUACAACAAAAGGCGAUAUAUAUAUGUGUGUGGAUAUAUAUCCAUGUGCGUGUGUUUGUGGAAACGUGCAAAAGUGUUUUUUGGUAACUAAAAACCCAUCGAAAACCCGGGUUUCAACAUUUAAGCCAAAAGCCGUAAGGAUUAUUGAAGUUAAGGAGAAAAAAAAAAACACCGAAAGCUCUGGAUGAAAAUCAAUAAUUGGGAUUAGUAGCUGAAGUUUAUAACAAAAAAAAAAGAAAGCCAGGAAAUUCGAGGAAAUUCCAAAGCAAAAUAAACGAACACAAAACAAAAAGAAAAUAAAAACCCAGGAAAAUGUAUUAAACUCUGGAUCGAGGAACAAAGGAAACGAAUCCAUGAAUAAUUCAAAAGUAAAGUGUAAAAUCCACAAGUAAUAGUUAUAGAGAGAGAGAGAGAGACAGCGAGAGAGAGAGAGAGAGGUAGAGAAGCAGAGGAAACGAGGAAAACGAGAGUCAACAAUUAACUUGGCCAGAAGCAAAGCCAACGCGUGCCCCACCAGAAUGGCGGCACGACGUUGCCACUUGGCCCGCUCCCGCGACGGGGGGCCGCUCCGGCAACGUACUGCUUGCAACAGACUCAAUCUAUCCUCCUGCGCGAUAAUUGUGGUAGUAGUCCACCUGCUGGCCGUCUCCCAGGCCGGUAGCGAGGAGGAGACCAGCUUUGCCGGCCUCUCGGCGGAGAAUGCCGCCCGGAUGCUGGCCGGGAGUCCCGGCGAUGCGGAGAAGAGCUCCUCCCAUCACAGCGAGAUGUCCCUGGUCCUGCCCCACGACACCUAUCCCGGUUUUAGCAUCAAGAAAUUUAGGACACAUCCGGUCAAAGGGAAUGCCACGUCGCACGGCGGUGCCAGGGGCGGAACUGGGGCAGGAAGUGCCGCCUAUCACAUGCUGGACAGCGACUACUCCAAGUACUUCACGGUGCUCGAUGACGGAGUUGUGAUGACCACGGCGGACAUCUCGCCGCUGGUCAAUCGUCCCGUUCAGCUGGUGGUGGUGGAGCAGACCCCCAACGCCACCAACACCCACAACCUGCAGCUGUUCGUGAUGCACCGCAACGACAUGCUGCGGUUCUCGGGCUCCCUGCUGGACGCCAGCGGCGAGGUGCGGGAGAACCAUCCCGCCGGCACACGGGUGCGCGGCGUGCCCCUGAUGCAGGCCUUCUCGGGGUCCAUUCUGGACGAGGAGCUGGCCAAGCCCAAGAAGGUGCGCUACACCAUCAUCGAUGGCAAUGUGGACGACGCCUUCGCCCUGCAGGAGCGCAAGGCCAAUCAGAACGUCCAGCUGAAUGCCAGGUCCCUGGUGAUUGAUGGCAACGACGAGUCCGGCGUCUGGCUGGUCACCAAUCGCCCCCUAGACAGGGAGCUGCGCGCGCACUAUGACCUCUCCGUGGAGGCCUCCGAUGUGGACGGCCUGGACAAGACUGUGUCCAGGAUACAAAUCGCCGUGCUGGACGAGAACGACAACAGGCCCGUGUUCAAGUCGCAGGACUACAAGUUCGCCAUCGCCGGCCAGAAGUCCUCCAGCAUGGAGAGCAACAACAGCGUCACCUACCAGCGCUUCGCCAUCCUGGGCAAGGUGGAGGCCACCGAUGCCGACGGCGACAAGAUUGCCUAUCGCCUGCAGUCCCCCUCCAAUGUGGUCAUCAUAGUCCCCCAAACGGGCGAAAUAAUGCUCGCGGGAGAGCCCAGCGCCAGCGAGCUGCUCAUCGAAGUGGUGGCCCACGAUCUGCGGUAUCCCAGCCUCCUGAGCGCCCAGCCGGCCAAGGUCCUGCUGGAGUUCCUGGCCCCCGAGCCGGUGUCCUUCAUCAUGCAGCACCUGGAACACGACGUGGUCAAUCUGCACUCGCAUCAUCGCGAGAAGCGGCGUGUGACCCGCGCCGUGCGACCCACCAAGCGGAUCGAGUUCACCGAAGCCGACGGCGACACGGAGGGCAAGAGCGUUUUCCAACUGGAGAAGGAGACCGACAAGGAGACCUUCAAGAUACGCGACGACAAUCCCUGGGUGACGGUGGAGACCAAUGGAGCGGUGCGCGUCAAGAAGAAGUGGGACUACGAGGAGCUUGGACCAGAGAAAACCAUCGAUUUUUGGGUCAUCAUCACGAAUAUGGGACACAAUGCGGGCAUCAAGUAUACGGACAACCAGCGUGUGAUAAUCCUGGUGAAGGAUGUGAACGACGAGCCGCCGUACUUCAUCAACCGUCCCCUGCCCAUGCAGGCGGUGGUGCAGCUGAACGCCCCGCCCAACACGCCGGUCUUCACGCUGCAGGCCCGCGACCCGGACACGGACCACAACAUCCACUACUUCAUAGUGCGCGAUCGCACGGGCGGACGCUUCGAGGUGGACGAGCGAUCGGGCGUGGUGCGGACUCGAGGCACCGAUCUCUUCCAGCUGGACAUGGAGUAUGUGCUGUACGUGAAGGCGGAGGAUCAGAACGGCAAGGUGGACGAUCGCCGGUUCCAGAGCACGCCCGAGGAGCGGCUGUCGAUUGUCGGCGGCAAGCGGGCGCCACAGUUCUACAUGCCCAGCUACGAGGCCGAGAUUCCAGAGAACCAGAAAAAGGACUCUGACAUCAUUUCGAUUAAGGCCAAGUCCUUUGCCGACCGCGAGAUACGGUACACAUUGAAGGCGCAGGGUCAGGGCGCCGGCACCUUCAACAUUGGACCCACAUCGGGAAUCGUCAAGCUGGCCAAGGAGCUGGACUUUGAGGAUCUCCGACAGCCGCACGUGUACUCGCUGAUUGUGACAGCCACCGAGGACUCGGGCGGGUUCUCCACCUCAGUCGAUCUCACCAUCCGCGUCACUGAUGUCAACGACAAUGCACCCAAGUUCGAGCUGCCCGACUACCAGGCCCACAAUGUGGACGAGGACAUACCGCUGGGCACCAGCAUACUCCGCGUCAAGGCCAUGGACUCGGACUCCGGAUCGAAUGCCGAAAUCGAGUACCUCGUGUCCGAUGACCACUUUGCCGUCGACUCUAAUGGCAUCAUCGUGAACAACAAGCAGCUGGAUGCGGACAACAACAACGCCUACUACGAGUUCAUCGUGACGGCCAAGGACAAGGGCGAGCCGCCGAAGAGCGGCGUGGCCACCGUGCGCGUCUACACCAAGAACAAGAACGACGAGGAGCCCAAGUUCUCGCAACAGGUGUACACCCCCAAUGUGGACGAGAAUGCCGGCCCCAACACCCUAGUCACCACCGUGGUAGCCUCCGACAAGGACGGCGACAAUGUGCGCUUCGGUUUCGUCGGCGGCGGCACCUCGUCGGGCCAGUUCGUCAUCGAGGACAUCACGGGUGUCAUCCGGCUGCACAGCAAGGCCAUCACCCUCGAUCGGGACAAGUACGAGCUGAAUGUCACCGCCAUGGACGAUGGCUCCUGCUGCGUGAACGGCGAUCAGACGAUACACACCUCCACGGCCGUUGUCGUGGUCUUCAUCACGGACGUCAACGACAACAAGCCCGUGUUCAAGGACUGCAGCACAUACUAUCCCAAAGUGGAGGAGGGUGCUCCGAAUGGCAGUCCUGUGAUCAAAGUUGUGGCCACCGACGAGGAUAAGGGCGUGAAUGGACAGGUGAAAUACUCGAUAGUCCAGCAACCGAACCAGAAGGGAACCAAGUUUACGGUGGACGAGGAGACCGGCGAGGUCUCCACCAACAAGGUGUUCGAUCGAGAGGGCGACGAUGGAAAGUUCGUUUCGGUUACGGUGAAGGCCACGGAUCAGGGAGAUCCGAGCUUGGAGGGUGUCUGCUCCUUCACGGUGGAAAUCACGGAUGUGAACGAUAAUCCCCCGCUAUUCGAUCGUCAGAAAUAUGUGGAGAACGUCAAGCAGGAUGCCAGCAUUGGGACAAAUAUACUGCGUGUCUCGGCCUCCGACGAGGAUGCCGACAACAAUGGGGCCAUUGUCUAUAGCCUAAGUGCGCCCUUCAACCCGAAUGAUUUGGAAUACUUUGACAUCCAGGCCGAGUCCGGUUGGAUUGUGCUCAAGAAGCCACUUGACGGUUGUUAUCCACGCGAUCGCUAUCGCUUGCGCGUCCGCGCCCAAGACAAGGGCCAACCGCCCUCCUAUGCCGAUGUUGAUGUUGAGUUAGAUGUCGUCGAUCGCAAUAAUAAGCCCCCCAUUUGGGAUAAGAGCGUUUAUGGGCCGAUUCACAUACGCGAGAAUGUCACUGUGGGUACGGUUGUAACAUCGGUUAAGGCAAGUUCGGGCAUUGAAGGCAAUCCGACAGUUUUCUAUCGACUGAUGCCCGGGUCGACGGCUCAAACGAACAAAUUUCAUACGUUCUACCUGCAACAAAGACCGGACAACGGCGACACUUGGGCGGACAUAAAGGUGAACCAUCCGCUGGACUACGAGAGCAUCAAGGAGUACAAUCUAACCAUACGUGUCGAGAACAACGGAGCCCAACAGUUGGCAUCGGAAGCGACCGUUUACAUAAUGCUCGAGGAUGUUAAUGAUGAAAUACCGCUGUUCACCGAACGCGAACAGGAAACGGUGCUGGAGGGCGAACCGAUUGGCACCAAAGUGACACAAGUGAAUGCGAUCGACAAGGACGGCACAUUCCCCAAUAAUCAGGUCUACUACUACAUUGUGGACUCGCCGCGUAACGAGGGCAAGGAGUUCUUCGAAAUUAAUCUGCAGAGCGGCGAGAUCUUCACCAAAACGGUGUUCGACAGGGAGAAGAAGGGCGCCUAUGCCCUGGAGGUGGAGGCCCGCGACGGUGCCCCCUCGGCACGACCCAAUAGCAAUGGACCCAAUUCAGUCACCAAAUUCAUACGCAUUGGCAUUGCCGAUAAAAACGAUAAUCCGCCCUAUUUCGACAAAUCGCUGUACGAGGCCGAAGUGGAUGAGAACGAGGAUAUCCAGCACACAGUGCUCACAGUCACAGCCAAGGAUCACGAUGAGUCCUCACGUAUCCGCUAUGAAAUUACAAGCGGCAACAUUGGCGGCGCUUUUGCGGUUAAAAAUAUGACGGGUGCCAUUUAUGUAGCUGGCGCUUUAGAUUACGAAACGCGGCGACGGUACGAGCUACGGUUGGCCGCCUCCGACAAUCUGAAGGAGAACUACACGACUGUGAUUAUCCAUGUCAAGGAUGUGAACGAUAAUCCCCCUGUUUUCGAGAGGCCCACCUAUCGCACCCAAAUCACCGAAGAGGAUGAUCGCAAUUUGCCCAAACGCGUCUUGCAGGUGACUGCCACAGACGGCGACAAGGAUCGUCCCCAGAACAUCGUGUACUUCCUCACGGGCCAGGGCAUUGAUCCCGAUAAUCCGGCGAACAGCAAGUUCGACAUCAACCGCACCACCGGCGAAAUAUUCGUGUUGAAGCCGUUGGAUCGCGAUCAACCUAAUGGACGGCCCCAGUGGCGCUUCACGGUCUUCGCCCAGGACGAGGGCGGCGAGGGACUCGUGGGCUAUGCGGACGUCCAGGUCAAUUUGAAGGACAUCAACGACAAUGCCCCCAUUUUCCCGCAGGGCGUUUACUUCGGCAACGUGACGGAGAACGGCACCGCCGGCAUGGUGGUGAUGACCAUGACGGCGGUGGACUACGACGACCCCAACGAGGGCUCCAACGCCCGGCUCGUCUACUCGAUCGAGAAGAACGUGAUUGAGGAGGAGACGGGCUCGCCCAUUUUCGAGAUCGAGCCCGACACGGGCGUCAUCAAGACGGCUGUGUGCUGCCUGGAUCGCGAGCGAACCCCGGACUAUUCCAUACAGGUCGUGGCCAUGGACGGCGGGGGGCUGAAGGGGACGGGGACGGCCUCGAUACGCGUCAAGGACAUCAACGACAUGCCGCCGCAGUUCACGAAGGACGAGUGGUUCACGGAGGUCGACGAAACGGACGGCACGGCCCUGCCCGAGAUGCCCAUCCUCACGGUGACCGUCCACGACGAGGACGAGACGAACAAGUUCCAGUACAAGGUGAUCGACAACAGCGGCUACGGCGCCGACAAGUUCACGAUGGUGCGGAACAACGACGGCACGGGCUCCCUGAAGAUUGUCCAGCCGCUGGACUACGAGGACCAGCUGCAGAGCAACGGCUUCCGGUUCCGCAUCCAAGUGAACGACAAGGGCGAGGACAACGACAACGACAAGUACCACGUGGCCUACUCGUGGGUGGUGGUGAAGCUGCGCGACAUCAACGACAACAAGCCGCACUUCGAGCGCGCCAACGUCGAGGUCUCCGUCUUCGAGGACACCAAAGUGGGCACCGAGCUGGAGAAGUUCAAGGCCACCGACCCGGACCAGGGCGGCAAGAGCAAGGUCUCCUACUCCAUCGACCGCUCCUCGGACCGUCAGCGACAGUUUGCCAUCAAUCAGAACGGGUCCGUGACCAUUCAGCGCUCCCUCGACCGCGAGGUCGUGCCCCGCCAUCAAGUGAAAAUCCUGGCCAUCGACGACGGCUCGCCACCGAAAACCGCCACUGCCACGCUCACCGUUAUUGUCCAGGACAUCAACGACAACGCACCAAAGUUCCUAAAGGACUAUCGGCCCGUGCUGCCCGAGCAUGUUCCGCCCCGCAAAGUGGUGGAGAUUCUGGCCACCGACGACGACGAUCGCUCGAAGAGCAACGGCCCGCCGUUCCAGUUCCGCCUGGAUCCCAGCGCUGAUGAUAUUAUUCGGGCCUCCUUCAAGGUUGAACAGGAUCAAAAGGGCGCCAACGGCGAUGGCAUGGCCGUGAUAUCCUCGCUGCGAUCCUUCGAUCGCGAACAGCAAAAGGAGUACAUGAUACCCAUUGUGAUCAAGGAUCAUGGCUCGCCGGCGAUGACCGGCACCAGCACGCUGACCGUGAUCAUCGGCGACGUGAACGACAACAAAAUGCAGCCCGGCUCCAAGGACAUCUUCGUGUACAACUACCAGGGACAGUCGCCGGACACGCCCAUCGGCCGCGUGUACGUCUACGACCUGGACGACUGGGAUCUGCCCGACAAGAAGUUCUACUGGGAGGCGCUGGAGCAUCCGCGCUUCAAGCUGGACGAGGACUCCGGAAUGGUGACCAUGCGGGCGGGCACCCGCGAGGGCCGCUACCACCUGCGGUUCAAGGUCUACGACCGGAAGCACACGCAGACGGACAUCCCGGCCAAUGUGACGGUUACCGUGCGGGAAAUACCCCACGAGGCGGUCAUCAACUCGGGCUCCGUGCGCCUGUCGGGCAUCUCGGACGAGGACUUCAUCCGCGUGUGGAACUAUCGCACGCAGAGCAUGAGUCGCUCGAAGAUGGACCGCUUCAGGGACAAGUUGGCGGAUCUGCUGAACACCGAACGGGAGAACGUGGACAUCUUCAGCGUUCAGCUGAAGCGCCGCAAUCCUGCGUUGACGGACGUCCGGUUCUCCGCCCACGGAUCGCCGUACUACAAGCCCGUGAGGCUCAACGGCAUCGUCCUGAUGCACCGCGAGGAGAUCGAGAAGGACGUGGGCAUCAACAUCACGAUGGUGGGCAUCGACGAGUGCCUCUACGAGAACCAGAUGUGCGAGGGCAGCUGCACGAAUGCCCUGGAAAUCAGUCCCCUGCCCUACAUGGUGAAUGCCAACAAGACGGCGCUGGUGGGCGUCCGCGUGGACACCCUGGCGGACUGCACUUGCGGGGCGCGCAAUUUCACCAAGCCCGAGUCGUGCCGCACCAACCCCUGCCACAACGGCGGACGCUGCAUCGACACCAGGUUCGGGCCGCACUGCUCGUGUCCGGUGGGCUACACCGGGCCUCGCUGCCAGCAGACGACGCGCAGCUUCCGCGGCAACGGCUGGGCCUGGUAUCCCCCCCUCGAGAUGUGCGACGAGUCCCAUCUGAGCCUGGAGUUCAUCACCCGCAAGCCCGACGGCCUGAUCAUCUACAACGGCCCCAUUGUGCCGCCCGAGCGCGACGAAAUGCUCAUCUCGGACUUCAUUGCCCUGGAACUGGAGCGCGGGUAUCCGCGACUGCUCAUCGACUUCGGCUCUGGGACCCUGGAGCUGCGCGUGAAGACCAAGAAGACCCUGGACGACGGCGAAUGGCAUCGCAUCGAUCUGUUCUGGGACACGGAGGACAUUCGCAUGGUUGUGGACUUCUGCAAGUCGGCGGAGAUCAGCGAAAUGGAGGACGGCACCCCGCCGGAGUUCGACGACAUGUCCUGCCAGGCGCGCGGCCAGAUCCCGCCCUUCAGCGAGUACCUGAACGUGAACUCCCCGCUGCAGGUGGGCGGCCUGUACCGCGAGCAGUUCGAUCAGAGCCUCUACUACUGGCACUACAUGCCCACGGCCAAGGGCUUCGACGGCUGCAUCCGCAACCUGGUGCACAACUCCAAGCUGUACGAUCUGGCGCACCCGGGACUCUCGAGGAACAGUGUGGCCGGCUGCCCGCAGACGGAGGAGGUCUGUGCCCAGACGGAGACCACGGCCCGCUGCUGGGAGCACGGCAACUGCGUGGGAUCCCUGUCCGAGGCCCGCUGCCACUGUCGACCCGGCUGGACGGGUCCUGCCUGCAACAUUCCCACCAUCCCGACCACCUUCAAGGCCCAGAGCUACGUGAAGUACGCCCUGAGCUUCGAGCCGGACCGCUUCAGCACCCAGGUGCAGCUCCGCUUCCGCACGCGCGAGGAGUACGGCGAGCUGUUCCGCGUGAGCGACCAGCACAACCGCGAGUACGGCAUCCUGGAGAUCAAGGACGGACACCUGCACUUCCGCUACAACUUGAACUCGCUGCGCACCGAGGAGAAGGACCUCUGGCUCAACUCCAUCGUCGUCAACGACGGCCAGUGGCACGUGGUGCGGGUCAAUCGGUACGGCUCUGCCGCCACCCUCGAGCUGGACGGCGGCGAGGGUCGGCGCUACAACGAGACCUUUGAGUUCUCGGGCCAUCAGUGGCUGCUGGUGGACAAGCAGGAGGGCGUCUAUGCCGGCGGCAAGGCCGAGUACACGGGCGUUCGCACCUUUGAGGUGUAUGCCGACUACCAGAAGAGCUGCCUCGACGAUAUACGUCUCGAGGGCAAACACUUGCCCCUGCCCCCCGCCAUGAACGGCACGCAGUGGGGCCAGGCCACCAUGGCCCGCAACCUGGAGAAGGGCUGCCCCUCGAACAAGCCCUGCUCGAAUGUCAUCUGCCCGGAUCCCUUCGAGUGCGUCGAUCUCUGGAACGUCUACGAGUGCACUUGCGGCGAAGGACGUAUCAUGUCGCCCGAUUCCAAGGGCUGCAUGGACCGCAACGAGUGCCUCGAUAUGCCCUGCAUGAACGGCGCCACUUGCAUUAACCUCGAGCCCCGACUGCGGUACCGUUGCAUAUGUCCGGACGGUUUCUGGGGCGAGAACUGCGAGCUGGUGCAGGAGGGUCAGACCCUCAAGCUGAGCAUGGGAGCCCUGGCGGCGAUCCUAGUCUGCCUCUUAAUCAUACUGAUACUGGUGCUCGUGUUUGUCGUUUACAAUCGCCGGCGCGAGGCGCAUAUCAAAUAUCCAGGUCCCGACGAUGAUGUGCGCGAGAACAUCAUCAACUACGACGACGAGGGCGGCGGCGAGGACGAUAUGACGGCCUUCGACAUCACACCGCUGCAGAUACCCAUCGGGGGGCCAAUGCCGCCCGAGCUGGCGCCCAUGAAGAUGCCAAUUAUGUAUCCCGUCAUGACACUGAUGCCUGGUCAGGAGCCCAACGUGGGCAUGUUCAUUGAGGAGCAUAAAAAGCGCGCCGAUGGCGAUCCCAAUGCCCCGCCCUUCGACGACCUGCGGAACUAUGCGUACGAGGGGGGUGGCAGUACUGCGGGCUCCCUCAGCUCCUUGGCCUCAGGCACGGACGAUGAGCAGCAGGAGUACGACUACCUUGGGGCCUGGGGGCCGCGCUUUGACAAGCUGGCCAACAUGUACGGUCCGGAGGCGCCCAAUCCGCACAAUACCGAACUAGAGUUGUAAGUGGCAGGCCCCCAAAGGAAGGGCCCGUGCACUAAACGGUGGCCUAAAGGAAGGAAACUAAAGGAAAGAUAAACUGUUGGUAGAUACAAAAGUUGCAUUUAAAGAAAUCCAAUCCAAUCUCUACGAAACACACACACACACACACGCAUACAAAGAAAGAAAGCGCAACCAAAGAAAAGGCAUUGCAGAAGAAAAUCUUUAACUAAGAAAAGGAGGAAAGGAAAAUGGUAGGAGGGAAAAAAUCAAACACAUAUUAUGACACGUAAAAUGACAUUUGUAUAAAUAUUUCAUCAGCAUUUAAAUUUAAACAAAUUACCAGAUACGAGAUACGAGAUACGCGAUAAUGAAAACUAAGUUAUUUUUUAGGGCAAACGAAAAGCAAACGAAAAGCGAGGAAAAUCGAGGAAAAUCGAGGAAAUUCGAAAGAAGAAAAUUGGAAAAUGUAAGAGAGAGCAUACCAAAGCUUAGUUUAGGGAGCGCUUAUGAAUUUAUAACUUUAAUUCGUGAACAGAUUUGUUGUGCAUAUUAUGUUUUAAGUUGUAAUUAUUAUUUUUAGGACUCUCCCUACGUUCUGUAUAACAUAUUCGAUGUAUUCGUAUCAAGUCAUUUAGGGAUUAAGUUCGCUCCUGAUUUCGUAUUACUUUCUAAGGAUUAAACAUUAAAAGAUUAAAACUUACAUAAAUGAAUACCCAAAGACUGUUUUCGUUCCAUCAUAACAAGUAUAUAAAUACAUUUAAACACAUACACACACAAAAAACAUACAUAUAUAUUACCAUUACCAUUACCAUUACCAUAAAUACGAGUAUAAACAUUACGAAACACUUUUUAAACUGCGAAUCCGAGAGAUCGCAAAUUAGAGCCUGAUUGGUCGAAAGAGGAUACUCCUAGAACUAUAUUCUAAAAAAGCAGAAAUCUUAAGCUAAAAUCCCCGCAAAACCUAGCCACGAAAAAACAACAACAACAACAACGCUAGAAAAGUAAAGUAAAAGCAAAGAAAAAUGGAAAAAAAAAGAAAAUUACCUUUAGAUGAACUUAGCGCAAUUGAAUUAAUAAUAUAAAUAAUAUAAAAAUAAACAACAACAAAAAAAACAAAAACACUUAUAUAUAUAAAAAUUAAAUAUGCCCCUUUCGGGGGUAGGGGUAUGGAGAUGGAGAUUACAUUUUACAUUGUAUAUAUUAUUAGUUUUUAGCACGUAUACAAAGGACACACACACACACACAGACACACACACACAGCCAGAACAUUAAAGCCACAUACGAAAUUGGUAGCAGAACCGAAAACUACAACUAAAACUAAAACUAAAACUAAAGUCUUUUUAUAUAGUAAGUGGUGAAAGGAGGGGGAGAGGAGGGGAGUGCAUUCGCAUUCGCAUUCGCAUAACAAAUAAAAUCCAACAUUUCAUAUGCAUAAACCCGAAAACCAACUGCAUUUAAAAACCAUUUCAUUCCACACGACAAAGCAAAAGUUUUUUUCGAGAUCGAUUUUAUAUCAGUUUUUUUUUGUGUUUUUAAUACCUUGGGAAGAGUGGAAGAGUUUAUUGAUUUGGAGGGAGGGAGAGAGAGAGUUAUAUUGUUGAGAGUAUGUUGUAAGUGGAAUUCGGGAAACUUUUUCCUACAAAUAUUAUAUAGAAAAAAAUGGGAUUAGGGGCAGUAUAUCGGAAGGAAAACUCUCUAUAGGCGAAUCUCAUUGAUAGUUUCAGACAGACAAAGAAUGAUUCUGGUUAUGGUGUGUCCUCCAAUCGAUCAGGAGACAGGCUAAAGGCUAUGGAUAUGCCUCCCACAUUCAAUAGAGGCAUUCAUUUGGCAAGUAUCUGCUUCUAGUAUCUUCCAAAAGUCCCCUUUACCGGAACUAGAUCAGUCGCAAAUAGAGACACAAGCAUUUCAAAGAUAUUCGAUAGAAAAGGGAAAUCAUACCCCAAGUUCUCUUUGAGAUAUCCAGCCCUGUGUUCCCCUUCCACAUACAGCCGUAAAACAGAAUACCAGGUAUCCCGAUGGUCGCCACAGCGACUAAAUCCAAUUGGUUUCUUUUUGUUGCCAUAAACUUUUGUAGAGCAGACUUUUUGUCUCCGGGAGAGGGGAGGGGGGAGACCACUCGCCCCGUCUGCCCGUCAGCUUAGGCAAUCGAAAACAAUAAUCGCAAAUCUGCUAUGAUUUCAUCUGUUAUUGCAUAUGGGAGUGCCAGAGUAUUGUGGGAACGAAGAAUAGACUUUAUUUUGAUUCUGUUUGUUCAAUAGUCAGCCAGAAUACAGAAAAAACUAUGAACAGAAUGCAGAAAAUACAGAACCGUAUUGUAGAGAACCGUAAGUACAUAAUAUAUACAAAAAUGAACAAUAUAUAUACAAAAUAUACGAGUAUGUAUAUGAAAUCUAUCUAAAUCAUAGAGUUUUCCAGGCAGCGUACACAUAAGAUGCAUAAAUGCCCACGAACAUGAUCCUAUAUAAAAUUCAUUUUCAGUUCCACGCACACACACACACACACACAGUCACAGACAUUUUUCGGUGUUCGAAUUAUUCCUAUUACCACAGAAAAGAUAAAAAGAUACUUAAGAUAUCCAACACAAACAAAAAAACAACUGCAACAAAAGUUGACUAUUGACUAUUGAAAAGUGCAAAGAUUUUAACGUAAUUGUUAAACCAUACAGCGAAAUAAAUAUUUAAACUGAUGCGAAACCACAAUAAACUUCUCCGCUGUACGAGGACUUGUUUGAGAGAAAUUCUUAGAAAUUUUAAAGCACAUUAAUUGUUAAAAAGCAAAUCAGCCCGAAACCAAAAGUAGACAUUUAGAGAGGAGGAGAAAGAAAACAAAACAACAGACCACAGACCCGCGAAUGAGUCGCUUCGAUGGCCGACUGAAUGCAGCUCUGAUUUUCUGCGAUAUUUAUUGAAUGCCGCUUCGAUUAUUUAUGCAUUGCAGCUCUGACUUCCAGCCCCCAUUUACACCGCGAUUUGCUACAAUUUGCUACUUGCUUUCGAUCGAUGGAUCGAUCCUUUCGGUACAGCACACACCCAAACACACCCAAACACACACACACACAGAAAAACACUGCCAGCAAUUGUGGGUUUAGUUCUCUCGCAAAACAAAAGACUUGAAAACGGAAAGUUGAUUCAACGAACAGUUCUUUUUGUAGGCUUUCGCUUUUAUUCUGAAUUCCUGAUUUUUCGUUUUUCGACGCAUCUGACUAUGGAUAAAAUUUUGCAUUUAAUAUACGUAUAGGUCGAGAACCCGGAAACUUUUUUAAAACCAAAUCCAGCGCCCAGACAAACAGAAAAUAGUUACAAACCGAAAACCAAGAGAGGGAUAUUUUAUACAGAAAACAAAUAAACCACAAGAAAAUUAGUAGACAGAAACGCAGAAGUAAAUUAUAUACUCAUUUACACACGUAUUUGUUAUAUAUUUUGUAAUGUAAGUUAGAGGCAUAAACUAUAUAUAUUGAAUAGUGCACAGAACACACACACACACGUACACAUACAUGAUGAGAAAUACAUUUACACAGACAAAGAGACACACACACAGACAGACAGACAAACAGACAAGGAUCAUACUAUUUGAUAACUAUGUAUGUAUUUAUAAGGUAUGAAUUUUUUACCAAAACUGCAAAAAAAGCAAAAAACAAAAGCAAAACCAAGAUGUAACCCCAUAUAAAAUCGAUUGAAAUGGAAAUGGAAAAAACUAAACACAACUCAAAAAAGAAAAUCUGGAGACAGAAAUCCAAUUGAAAUGCAGUUUUCUAUAGAAAUUUGCAUAUAAGUAAAUUAUUAUGUAAAAUCACUUUAACAUACAGUAAAAAAAAAACAAAAAAUAAAAAAUAGUAUUAAAAACAAAAAAUUAUGAAUAAUUUACGAGUAAUAUUAAAUGAAAAUCGAGCGCAAACUAACAAAUCAAUUGUGCGGCAUUGCAGCAGUCUCGAUUCGGUUAAAAAAUUUACAUUAGAAUAAUGAUUAAAUAUGGCAAGAUAUCCAGCGAUGGAACACUUGCAACUGAAUGGCAAAUCGGGAAUAAAAUUAGUUAAGAAAAAACAUAUACACACACACACACACACAUACA